GGUUUUGCCGCUUUUGGUUGGGAACUUGGGCAAGCGGUGCACCACGUAACAAGAAGAAGAAGGGUUUAGGGCAGCAAACAGGGUGCGAGGAAAGCAGGGAAAUGUUAGGGAGGAGACUAAUUUCCUUGUUCAAAAGCUCCCCAACGUCACAGCUUUCCAGCUCAGCAAAGUCUGACCAUGAAGGGAAGACCAAGUCGUUGGGUCGAAAGGCAGUGACUUUUGUUUUGUUUACUGUAACGGGUGGCGUUGGUUUGAGUGCUUUGGAUGACCUUGUUAUAUAUAGUAGCUGUAGCAGCAAGGCCUUGGAGAGAGCCAGUAAGAACCAGGCAGUCAUAGAUGCCAUUGGGGAACCUAUUUUAAGGGGUCCAUGGUACAAUGCAUCACUCGCUGUAGCUCAUAAACGGCAUUCUGUGUCUUGCACAUUUCCCGUGUCUGGACCGCAAGGCUCGGGAGUCUUCCAUGUGAAGGCAGUUCGUGAUGGAGACGGCUCCUGGUUUUCAUUUCUCAGGCCUCGUGAUUGGGACAUCCUAAUCAUGGAUGCUCUGCUCCAUGUUCCUGCCAAUGAUGAGAAGCAUCAAACAUUGAGGGUUACUCUUUCUGACUUCCCUCCUCCAGCUUUUACGGCGUGCACCGAUUGCAAACCUCAAGAGUCACAGGAUCCAGAGCAGAAAUGAAAGUCAUAUUCUGCUGAUUAUGGUAACACAUUUCCCCAUUUGAAUUCUUUGCUCACAUAAGUUUCCUCCACUCCAAGAUUGGUAAACCAAACUGAGUGGGGCUUCAUACUUGAUAUGUUUAUGAAUUAAGUUUUGUGAAAUUUUUGUCAUAUGUUAGUGCAAAAUUUGAUGAGAUCAGUUGUGGCAUGUAGUGCAACAAAAAUAAAUGAAAGAUCCAAUUUUUUUUGUAUUGUUUUAUUUU